CAGGACGCGAUCGGCCAAUAUGGCGGACAAGUGUCAGUCGCGGUAUCCUGCAUUUUUCUGAAAACUCAUCCCCAGACGCGCUUGUAUCAAGUUUUGUUAGUGUCGGCACACCUCGAUCGGGAGACUACGGGGAGAUCUCCAAUAAGUGUAGAAGCUUUGAAGGCUUGUGAGAGUCACCUAAGAUGCAGCCUCCUCCUCGAACCACCCCGCCUGGAGCUGUUGGACCUCCACCUUCCUCCAGUGGGGCUAAUGCCUUUAGAAGAAAUAGACCCCACAAGCAUGGGGCUGCAGCUGCUACCCCACCCACCCAGCCAUUGGCUGAUCCUCUUGCCUUCGGCUGGUCUUCAAUGGCUGGGGGCAGCCAAACUCCAUACACAAACAGCAACCCACUUCCUAUGCAAGCCCCGCCUAUGGCAGGGUUCAACUCAACUGCUCCACCACAAGGGCCACAACCAGGAGCACAGGCAGCCUCACCGGGGCCCCCACCAAGAAUUUUUACCCCGCAACCUUUCCCCCCAGGUCCACCAUCGGGGGCCAACCCUCCCUCUACAGAACCAGGAUACUUUAAUUCCCAAGAACCUAUGCCCUACAUUGCACAGUUGCCUAACCCAUCCCCUCAUUUAAAUUUUAACCCAUCACAUCCUCCUUCCACAGCCCCAACACCCCCGGUUCAAACCGCAACUCCAUUCCAGUCCCAGCCCACACCACCUGUUCACGGAAGCCGGCCACCUUCGGUUCAGAAUUACUUUCAGCCAACCAAUGAUCUGCCAUCUCAGCCUUUUCAUCCUCAGGCUCCACCCUCUGCACCCUCUCCACACACGGCUCCACCUUUGACACAACCUCCGAAUCAAGGUCUGCCAGCUCCACCAAAUACGACUUGGCCGACUUCAACUCAGCAACAGAACUCCCUCGUCCCAGCUCAGAGUUAUUUCAGUCAGUCUGUUGGACCCUCAGAGCCAUGGUUCAGUCAGAACCCAUCUCAGCAUGCCUACCCUCUGCCCUACCCUGAAGCCCCCAGUGACCCUGGAACCCUUUCAAUGUUCUUUGGAGGUAAUGAUGUGGAAAACGAGGAGACCCUUUCAGGGGAGGGACGUGUAAACGGGGUUACACACCCUUCCCAUUCAUCAGUAGAGUCGUCUGGUCCAUAUUUAAAUGACAGUGGUAACAUUCGAGCUGGGACAGGACCUUGCGAUUCGGUGGAGAAUUUGGAAUGUGUACCAAACCAGGAAGUGCUGCCUAGUGAAGCACCACCAGGCCACGCCUUCGAGGCAGGGCCUAACUUGGAGACACCGGAGACUGCUCCACGUCCAGCCCGCUCUGCCAGCGUGUCUUCCAGCUACAGCAAUGUCAGUCACAGCAGUGGACAUGGUCCUCACAGUGGCGGCCAUGCCCCUCGGCGACAACAAGGUGUAGUGGGAACGUUUAUCCAACAGGAGAGUCCUCGGCCACCAGAUCAUCCUCCCUCGCACCCCUCCACAGGUGGCUACUUUGAACAGAUAGACUCAAACCCAGCUGCAGAGGCAAGUCCUACUUUUCCAACUCCUAGCCCUCCAAAACCAGUUGGUGUGUUCCAAGCAAGUGCAAACUCCUCUUUCGAGCCUGUUCGCUCGCAUAGUGUAGGAGUUCGACCUGCUGAGGUCGAUCGUGCACGUAUGGUUGUGGAAAAGAGUGGACAUGUAAUGCAUCCUGGCAACCUGGAACAACCCCCAGACAACUUGGAAACUAUUUACUUAGCGGAACGUCGACCUUCAUCUCGAGCUCAUGUAGCGCAACGCCCCAGUGAGAGCCCUGCUACUACGCUUUGGGCUCAAAACGACCCUGCCAAUCUCAGUGCUAACAUCCUUUUAGCUCCUGCAGCACCCUCACUGGCUGCAUCGUUCAUCCCGGCUCAUCCAGGUGAAGUCAUCCAACCACCAGAGGAUGGCCCUCUUGAUUUACAUCCAGCUAAGCCAAACCCACAACCUUCCUCUGAAAACUUGGAGAACCCACCAGACUCCAACUCUCAGGCAGGUUUGGGAUACGCCUCCUUGCUAGUGGCCACACCCCCUGUGGAGUCCCUAAACCAACCUGUGUUGAUUGCCCCACCUUCCUCUAAUUACAAUUUGGUUUCAUCUCAAAAUUCUUUACAACCAUCCAAUCAGAUAAGUCCUCAAGAGACAGCCCCGCCUGCUCACCCGCCAUCUCAGUCUUCUGCGACCAAUCAAAUUCCUCAGAGUUCUCCUCCAGCCAAUCAUCCGCAGUCUCUUUUCUCUCAUACACCAGUAAUUCUAAAUCCUUCUGCUACUCAAGGCGUUUUAAAUUUAGCACGAGAGGUAAAAGAUGAUCCGUUCUCUGUUCAAGCAGCCCGACCUGCACUCUCUCGAGCUGAGUCUAUUAAAGGUGAUUGCCAGACUCUUCCACCUCCCGUUUCUCUAGCUCCGCCUUCAUCUGCUGCCACUAAUCACAAUCAACCUUCAAAUUAUGAACUGCUUGAUUUUUCUAUGCAUCAGUCCACAAAUCAGGUAUCAGGCCCGGCCGUGUCUCAGUCAGUCCAGCCGCUGGCCCCUGCAAAUAACACACCUGGCUUUUACCUGCAGGUCACCAAAGAUGCCCAGCAGAGUGGGCAGCCUGACAGCGAGGCUCAGCCCCUUCAACAGAUCUUGAACCCUCCAAGGCCCUCAAGCAAUCAACCCAGCAGUGAGCCUGUUCGCCCCUCCCACCCACCUCAGUACCAACCUCUUCCACAGGUUCCACCCAUUCACCCUGGAGCCCCCCCGACCGGAGCUGGAUCUGUCCCGCCCUCUUCUUACCCACCCCAGUCUGUAAGCUCUGCUCCCCAGCCACCUCAAGAACCCCAGCGACCUCCUUCUGCUUUAAACAGUCUGCCUGGUUACGGUCUUACCCCCGCAGUGCCUCCUGGUCCCGGCUAUCCCGGCUACUACCCAGGUGCCUACCCGGAGUACCAGGAUGGAAGACUACCAUAUCCACCCCAGUACCCUGUGGACCCAAGAGCUCAGAGCUACCCUCAGCAAGAAGAUUUCUACCGUAGAGCAGAUCCUCGAUAUGGCCGGUAUGAUGCUCAAAAUUCCAGUUAUAGAGAAGCUGAGCGUCAACCAGAGAGGCCAAGUUCAAGGACUAGCCAGUACUCUGACAGACCCAACUCCAGGCAGGGGUAUCCAGAAGACUACUCUAGAACCAACCGUAGUGCCUAUGAUGAAUACUAUGCAAACUACUACAAGAGACAAUAUGAAGCCUAUGGAGAUAGGAGCAGGUGGUAUGAUCCAAAUGCUGCAUAUGAUCCACGCUACAGAGCCUACUAUGACCAGCUAUAUGGCUGGUACAACUAUGACCUCGAUGCUUACAGAAGCUACAACCAACAAUAUAACAGUGCUGCUAGGGGAAAAGAGGGGUAUGACGAUCCGUGGCGGUACUACCCUGGUUAUGACACCAGCUUUGAUGAUGAUUACCGUCGGCGUGAGCCGUAUGCUGACGACUUUGACCGGCGUUCGGUGCACAGUGAGCAAUCGGCACACAGCGUGCAUUCGACACACAGUCGACGCAGCAGUUUUAGUUCACGGUCACAGCAGAGUCAGGUGUACAGGAGCCAGACAGACUUGGCCUAUGAUCCCACAGGAACGACUCUUCCUGUCGAUUACACCUAUAGUCAGUAUCCAGAUCCUUCAGACGCCAGUCAGAUACCUUAUAACCCAGCCGACACCACCUGGACGGCACCAGAGCAACCUCCCCCAAGGCCGUUAACGCCUGAGAAGUACUCGAUUCCUCAUCGUUGCGCUCGGUUUGGUCCGGCCGGUCAGCUGAUCCUUGUUCAACCAAAUCUGCCUUCUGCUGGUCAGCCCACACUUGUGGAGAUCCACAGCAUAGAGACGAUUCUUCAGGACUCUUCAGAGCAGGCUGAACUGCGUUCCUUCCCUGGCCCACUUGCCAAGGAGGAGACGCAUAAGGUGGAUGUUAUAAAGUUUGCUCAGAACAAGGCCCAAGAGUGUUUAAGAAAUGAUAACCUCAUGGAUAAAGACUCCGCCUACCUCAUCUGGGAGUUCAUCGUGCUGCUAUGUCGCCAGAACGGGACGGUAGUGGGUACAGAUAUCGCUGACCUGUUGCUGAAGGAGCAUCGCUCGGUCUGGUUGCCGGGUAAAUCCCCCAAUGAGGCGAAUCUCAUUGACUUCAACAAUGAGGCAAUCGAGCAUGCAGAGCAAGACGAGGCGGGGCCAAUAUCUCUCCUAUCAGACACUUACAUGGGCGUUCCUGAGAAUGUCGGCAAGGAAACGGAACGCUUCAGAGAACUACUACUGUUCGGACGCAAGAAGGAUGCUUUGGAGUCGGCUAUGAAGAAUGGACUGUGGGGUCACGCUUUGCUACUGGCCAGCAAGAUGGACAACAGAACCCAUGCUCGUGUCAUGACCAGGUUUGCAAACAGCCUGCCUAUUAAUGAUCCCCUCCAGACGGUUUACCAGCUCAUGUCAGGACGAAUGCCAGCCGCUGCUACUUGUUGUGGUGAUGAGAAAUGGGGCGAUUGGCGGCCACAUCUAGCCAUGGUGUUGUCCAACCUCACGCACACUCUGGAUCUCGACACGCGCACCAUUUCCACCAUGGGUGACACAUUAGCUUCUAAAGGUCUGGUGGACGCAGCACAUUUCUGUUAUCUGAUGGCUCAGGUGGGCUUUGGCGUUUUCACCAAGAAAAGCACCAAAAUGGUCCUCAUCGGCUCCAACCACAGUUUGCCGUUUUUAAAGUUCUGCUCAACAGAGGCAAUCCAGCGGACCGAAUCGUACGAGUAUGCUCAGUCCCUCGGCUCUCAGCCUCUCAUACUUCCAAAUUUCCAGGUGUUCAAGUUCAUCUACACGUGUCGCCUGGCAGAGUCGGGACUUUGUGCGCAAGCUUUCCAUUACUGUGAGGUCAUCUCUCGCACUCUGUUGAGUUUACCUGAGUACUACUCACCUGUGUUCAUCAGUCAACUCAUUCAGAUGUCUGUGAGAUUGAGGUUCUUUGAUCCUCAAUUGAAAGAGAGACCUGAGCAGGAGCUGUUCAUAGAGCCUGACUGGUUACAGCAUCUCCGACAACUGGAUGGACAGAUAAAGGAUGGUGUGAUAACUUAUCGCCCGGACCGCUCCACACCACAGCUGUACCCCUGCAGUUCUCCCAGUAUAGAAGACCACAACAGCCCACCAGAUCACUCAACUUUAACCUCUGAUCCCCACAAUCCACUCAUGACCUCCCUCAUGCCACCAGCAGGCGUUCAACUCAUGCCACCAGCUCCUCCCACUAUUCUUCAGGAUGGAACAGUCCCACAGCAACAGGCUCCGCCUCCUACCGAAAGCGUUCCGUUCUACCCAGGGCCACCACAGCCAAACUACGUGGCACCGUACCAACCUGAAACUCAAGAGCAAUAUAUGCCCGUUCCACCCCAACAACCGCCCACACAGAUGCCACCUUAUAUGUCUCAAACAAUGCCUGGUCAGAUGCCGACACAGAUGCCUGGUCAGAUGCCCCCACCAAUGCCUGGUCAGAUGCCCCCACCAAUGCCUGGUCAGAUGCAGACACAAAUGCCUGGUCAGAUGCAGACACAAAUGCCUGGUCAGAUGCAGACACAAAUGCCUGGUCAGAUGCAGACACAAAUGCCUGGUCAGAUGCAGACACAAAUGCCUGGUCAGAUGCCCCCGCCAAUGCCUGGUCAGAUGCCUCCGCCAAUGUCUGGUCAGAUGCCCCCACCAAGGCAUAGGGCAGAAUCUGGUUCUGGGCAGUCUUCUCCUCAGCAGUUCCCCCAGUCGUCUCCAACAUUCAGUGUCCCACCUCCUCUUCAGGGAAAGGACUUCUAUGAUGAGAUGGCUCGCAUGGGUGCGGGCAGAAGAUCUAGAACCACUUCACAAUCAUCAUCAGUGCAAAUGGCUCCAGGCCGUCGUUCUCGCACCGUGUCCGAGUCGUCGAAUCAUUCAGGACGAGAGCGCAGCAGCUCCAUAGUCAGUCAGUGCUCUCCACCUCCCCCUCCCAUCCCAGAGUCUCCGCCCCAGGAAGAACCCAAGAAGAUUAGGAAAGAUUCUCCUAAAAAAGCUGGCGGUGGCGGAUGGCUCACCUGGCUGUAUCCAAAGCGCAAGAAUGAGGCACAUCUCCCAGAUGACAAGAACAAAUCUAUUGUUUGGGAUGAAAAGAUGAAGAAGUGGAUUAAUCUGGAUGAGCCAGAGGAAGAGAACAAGCCACCUCCUCCUCCACCAACCAGUUUUCCCAAAGUCCCAAUGGGCGGUCCAGGGGCAGGGCCACCAGUCGCAGGUGGUCCAGGGGCGGGGCCACCUGUGAAUAUGUUCUCCAGGAGAGCAGGCACUAAGAGUCGUUAUGUAGAUGUGUUGAAUCCUGGUCGUGGAGGUUCAAAACCCGCUGCUGCAGUACCACCACCUGCCGACCUGUUCGCCCCACUCGCGCCCAUGACCAUGCCCACCACUCUCUUCACCCCAGCGACAGGCCCGGAUGAGCAGCCGAUGGAGGGAAGCGUUCCAGAUGCCGGUGGAGAACAAACGGAGCAGACGAAUGCCACGGUACCACAGAUGUUUAAUCCAAAUGCUUUGCCUCCUGGUCCAGAGGGAAGCCAGUCAGGAGAGCUGUCACGUUCUAGCUCAAUGAGUUCGCUGUCUCGAGAAGUGAGUCAGCACUUAAAUCAGGUUCCUGCUCAGCCACCAGCGCAAGGAGCUCCACCCACAGGGGCCGUGACAUUCUAUAACCCCUCCCAGUUUGCACAGUCUCUUCCCCCAAGCCACGCUCGACCCGGUCGGCUGGGACAGAGAGGAUACCCAACAGUGAAGUAACGAUAUAUUGCUUGUAGUUCUAGAUCUAAUUGCGGUCCUGUACCAAAUCGGACUAACGUUUGGUUCCUGCUUGGAUUCUGCAAGCCCUGGAAGCACCGGCAUCUCUUGAAAACGUUGUCCUGCCAUCGUAAUCAUCGUAAUUGUCAUAAUUUUUACAUCUGUUCUGAACUUUGAGCGAAUGGAUUUGAUCCAAAUAGACUCAGCCUUUGAUUCCCAGACAUCAUGCGGAAGAGCGGAUUUCCGCUUCUCCUGCCGUACCUGUGCCCUCUCACGAGGCUUAUAUUAAAACUGUUCACAUUUCCUUAAUGUGAGCGUUGUGAUCACAAGUGCAAUAUCGCGAUCGUACCCUGUGUAGUUUUAUUCUCAUAGUGUGUAGUGUGCUCAUUUCAGCAGGGUGUGUAUGAACGUGUGCUUGUGUGUGUGCGUAUGGUGUGAAUGGAUGGCGGCCAGUGCAUGUCAGGGGCGAUCUGAUCUGUUGUCAUGGGAACAGCGCAGCAUACCAGAAUGUUUUAGAUAUUUAUUGUGUUUCCUAUCAAAAUGAAAAGUCGAAACAGACCUACUGUCACAGACAAGAUCUGUAUAUCAGAAUGAGUUUAAGCGUAGCCAUUAUGUGCAAACCGAUCUCUUUUACUGACUUGUGGUCGCUUUGAUUUUGCCAAUAGCAAAAAGAAAUCAUACAUUUAUAUGAUUUGAUCGUUUGCGUGUCGCCGAUUUUGCUCAUUAAAAUAUUAUUAUUGCUUUCUCGACUUCAUCUCACUCUGAUUUCGUUUCGUGUCUCGUAAUCAUCAAAAUCUUUCCUUGCUGGUUUUGGGUUCUUGUUCCCAUGAUAACAGCGGGAUUUUGUAAUUCCAAAGGACAGCUCUGUUUGAAGGAAGCUUGGACUUUUCCAAUGUGUUUAGAAAUUGACUGUACAAUUCUUGAUAAAGUGAUAAUAAAGAUAUUUUUGAGCUCUUUAA